AUGACGCAAGUAGCAAUGCACCCCAUAAUUUCAGUGUCUUCGGACGAGGUAGAAGACGACGUAGCCUUUAAGGUCCUGAACCAGGACAACCUGCCUAUCAGCAUAGUCGGCGAGACUAUCCUAAAACCCUUCGGGAGGGAGCAGCAGAAGCUCAAGCCGAACGUGAUAGUUCAUCCGACGAGGAGGGUGGUCACCAACCUAGAGGAGAAUAAGCAGAAACCGUUCGCCAAGUCCAACGGGCAUAUAAGUAACGCUGAGAAGAACCUGAAGAAGAAUUUCAGCAACUCUCAUGGGAACCUUAAUAAUAACACCAGCUCCACCAAGCUAAAGUUUGAUGAUUUGAAGAAUCAGUUCACCAAAACACUAGAUGCCAAACUACGGAGGCUGCAAAAAGAGGAAAAACAAAGCAAAAAGCCUCCGGUAGACACCACUUCAUCCCGAAAACCAUUCGUCACCACUGUGAAAAAGGGCCUGUUUCUAGAACCCCCAUCUGAAAUAGCAACCCUUAUUGGCCUCAAACCUGAAGAACCAGUUAAAAAGGAAUACAAGGAAGAAAAGAGGCUGUACGCGUACGCUAGUCAACCUAGAGUUUUGAACAGAACGCAUUUAAAAGGACAUCAGAAUAGGUGUGAGGCUGCAGCUAAAGCGGCUGCUAAGCUCAUAGGAACUGUAGUGGGAAUAAAAAAUGAAGAAAAGGAGAACACAAUCAAGAAGCAAGACGAUGCUCCUGUACCGUAUGCAAAUCUUAUGUUCGAAAAGAGAAUAUUCAGAGGUAGUAAUUUUGCACCCCCGACAUGUGGACAACCUAAAUGGAAUCCUCAUUUUGCGUAUGCCAAACUUCUUUCUCGAGAUGAGGGUGACGGAGAAUCCGCAGCCGCCAGAGCAGCCGAAGCGAAGCGCAGAGCAAUGGCCAGGAGGAAGGCGAAGAACCAGCAAAUCCGGGCGACUCAGCUGCGUCUGGGUUCACCGCCCGCCAUACCCGGAAGAAAGCACGAGAAGGUGCAGACCGAGCUGUACCUGGAGGAGAUCUACGUGAACCCCCCAGUAAUCGACAUGUGUACGCAAACCGACUUGUUCGUUGAGAGACCCGUGUCUCCAUUCUAUGUGCCUGCCAAGAUUGGCGCCGACGUGGCCACUCAGAUUUAUCCUGGAGAACUCUUCGACUUCGAUGCGGAAGUGCAACCGAUCCUAGAAGUCCUCGUCGGCAAAACCAUUGAGCAAGCCCUCAUAGAAGUGCUGGAAGAGGAAGAAUUGGCUGCUAUCAGAGAACAGCAACGCCGAUUCCUGGAGAUCCGAGCUGCGGAAACUGCCGAGGCUCUACGAUUGGAGGAGAGGGAGAAGCGGCUCGUGAAGGAGAAGGAGAGAAGGAUAUCAGAGUUGGAGGAGGGUAUUAAAACGCAAAAGGAGAUGGAGGAAAGGAUAGCAGCUGCUGUGCUGAUGCAGGGCUAUAUGGCGAAUUUGCUGCCGUCCGUUUUGGAGGGAUUGGAAUCAGAAGGAUUCCUCGUGGACUCUAUAAAGAAAGAUGUCGACGAGUCAUUCAUGCCGUGGUUGAUGAAGGAAGUCACGCAAGAACUUCAAGAAAUGGUUAGCAGUAGGGAUGUACUCACAGAUAUUGUCAGAGAAAUUUUGGAAAACAGAGCGGAAAUAUACGCCGCUUUGAACAAGGAACCAAUACCCGAACAAGAAGCCGAAGAAGGUCCAACAAUCGACGACUUGAUUCUGCAGGACCACCUCAAACUGCAACAGGAGAUUGCAAAGAAGAGCAAAGAGGAAGACCUGAAGUUCGAACUCUAAAAAUUAUUUUCGGAGAUGGGACAUUUAAAAAAAUUCUAGAAGAGGUACA